UGUUAAUGCCAAUAUAAAUACCCAAUAAGGUGGCUUUUCCACUCGGAACCAAGUCGCCAAUUUUUUAAGAAUUCAAUUGUAAUUGCAGUUGCGUUUUGGUUGAAGAUAGACCAACAGCAACCAAUUCCUAUUGGUUGAAUCCUCCUGUUUCCAAUUCCUAUUGCAUUGGCAAUUUCAGAAAUGGCAUUGCAAUUGCGUUUGCAAACAAACUCCCAAAACGCCACCGUUUCCCUGCUCCCGAGAUCUUCAUCAUCCUGCCGGAUCACUAAGAACCUCGUAAGAGUGAAUCAGAGCAGGAGAAUCAGAUGGUCAGGAUUUGCUUACUGCAGUGGAAGCGCCAACGCCAAUGGAAGUGAAAAUAGUCAGACUAGCAAGAAAGGAGUCCCAAAUUCCAACUAUGUGGUGCCGCUCAACAAUUCUUCCUCUAUCACUCGUCCUCUAGCAGAAAUUCUACGAGAUCUUAAUAAGAGGAUCCCCGAUAACGUCAUCAGUCCUCUUCAUAAGUCCAUUCCUUGGUAUCAUGCUAAUAGGAUGUUGAGUUUCUAUGCCCCUGGAUGGUGUGGAGAAGUGCGAGAUGUGAUCUUCUCUGACAAUGGUAAUGUCACUGUUGUGUACCGACUCACUGUCAGAGGAUCCGAUGGAGAGGCACACCGUGAGUCAACUGGCACAGUAUCUUCAAGUGACAGUGACAUUGUAGACCCAGUCGCUUCAGCGGAGGAAGUUGCUUUCUGCAGAGCUUGUGCUCGGUUUGGUCUCGGCUUGUAUCUUUAUCAUGAAGAAUAGAUACUAUAGACAAUGAGGAGGUUGACUUCCUCAGAAUAUAUCUAGUUGUUUUACUUUGAGAAAUGUCUCCACGAACUAUAUGUAGUUGCUUGUGUACUUAGAUUAGAAAUUUAUCCUUGAGACUUGUUCCUUGUUUACUUGGAUGAGAAAUUUGUGUUGUUGAGAACUCAGAGCCAUAAUCAAUGUAAACAUUUUCCAGCUGAUGUAUCUAUGUAAGUAUUUACAACUUAUCAA